AAUCGCAUGCGUGUUUCUACACAGACACACACAAAAUACAAGUAAAUAUAACAAUAAUAUAAGAUAAAUCAUCGAAGAAAUAAUUAUUUUGGCAUUGACACUUGACUUAUUAACACAUGUAAAGAUUUUAUUGAUGUUCAAUGGACAUAGCAGUAGAUUUUCCUUAUUUCCAAUGAUGACAUUUUCUUUGAUACGUUGGAAUUUUAUCGUAAUUUUUCUAUUGUUUAUUUUGGACAAUCUAUUGUUUAUAUCUUCCGAAAAUGCAGGUUCUUCGAGCUGGUCGAACAAAAAUGAAGAAAUUGUAGAUUAUUACAGUAAUCCAUUCUUUACGAAUGCUUCUUCACUUAUUAUAUAUUCUUACGGAAAUACCAAUGAGCACAAUCCAUAUAUUGUAAAUGAAAGCAGUAAUAUUAAUUCAUUUCCUGCGAUUGAUUUUCAAAAUCAAAGAGAUAUUAAGAAGAAAGAGAUUUCAAAUCUUCCUCAGGAACAACCUAAACCUUUCAUAGUAUCUCCAAUAGGUUCAUCUAGUAGAUAUAGUACUAGGACAAAGUCAGAUAUCAAAUGUGAAGAAUAUGGUAAACAAUUUUUGGGUAUAUCAGAAGUACAAUCUUUAGUUGGUAUCAACACACAAGUGAUUAGAGUAGAAAAUGAACAGUGUACAACACCUGAUCGGCUUAUAACUGGUGGCACAAUAGCAACACCUGGUGAAUUUCCGCAUAUGGUUGCCUUAGGCAAAAUAUUAAGGAAUGGAUCUUUUAUGCUUUACUGCGGUGCCACAUUAAUUUCACCUUCCUGGAUUCUCACUGCUUCACAUUGCACUUAUGGACCAAACGGUAGUCCUACAGUUGCAAAGAUUGGUAUUCGUGAUAUAAAGGAUGAGAAAACUGGAAUUGUAAUUGGAAUUGAACAAAUGAUACGGCACCCAUCUUAUAAUCCACCUGCAAUGUAUGCAGACAUAGCACUUAUUAAAUUAAAGAGAACUGUUACUUUUAAUACUUUAAUUAAACCAGCAUGUCUUUAUCAGCUAUAUGACAAUGUACCCAUGAAAGUUUGGAUUAGUGGCUGGGGUGUUACUGAAUUUGGUGGUGAACAAAGUGAAAAAUUGCAAAAGGCACAACUUGAUAUAAUAGAUAACAUUGCAUGUUCUAUAAAACAUAAUAAUUCCUUAGCAGUUCCAUUUGGUGUAACACCUAGUAUGAUAUGCGCGGGUGAUCCUCAUGGUGGAUGGAUUAAAGAUGCUUGCCAAGGAGAUUCAGGUGGACCUUUACAAUUACCGCAUCCCGUAUAUUCGUGUCUUUUCCAAAUAAUUGGAAUUACUAGCUUUGGAGAAGGUUGUGCAGUCGUAAAUUCACCUGGUGUGUAUACAAGAGUUUCACAUUACCUUAAUUGGAUAGAGGAUAUUGUCUGGCCAGAGAAUUAGCAACUUUAAUGAAGAUAUAAUAUCUUACAAAAGAAUUGUUUCAGUUUCAAACUCAAGAUAUUUUAAUGUCGUGGAUUGUUCUCCACAUAAGACCAUUUCCAUAUGGGCCGUGAGUUGAAGGAAAAAAAACAUACCACCAACUUCUGCAAAAAUUUAG